AUGCCGAGGAGCUCUUUCUCUCUCUCCAUUCACUGGUUCUUUGUUCGUCGCGCACAGUUUCGCUCAAUCCUCUCUGGAUCUGGCCUCACAACUGGUGUCUACCUUCGCCUGCUGGGACUCGCGGUCACAGAUAGCAUCCUAUUGAUGUUCGCCACGGUCUUCAACAUUCUCUUCCUGCUGGUCGGCCACCCAGGCGAACUCCAGCCGACCGCAAGCUGGGACCGCACCCACAGCAACUUUGGUCUCGUUUCCCAGUUCCCUGAAGAGUUCUUCAACGGGGCCACAACACUAGAUGUGCCCUUCUACCUCUCUGUGCUAUACGCAAUGAGUGUGUUCGCCUUCUUCAGCUUCGGUGAAGACGCUGUGGGCCAGUACCUAAACGUGUGGCGGUUUGUCAAGCGCGUCGUCAACGAGGACAGUGGAAAUCCCGAUGCUGGGAUCCACAAUUGUGACUCUCACGGGGCCUGCGUGGGAGGAGGAACGUCGUGUUAG